AUGGAUAUUAGAAAUUUUACGUGGGUGAAUUCAUUUCAACCAACAAGAACGAAUACAAAGGAACCAACAGGAAAUGAAACAAUAAAAACAACAAAUAUAACAGGAGCAAAAUCAACAAAAUUUCCAAUUAUCAUUAUAGUCUAUUCAGUUACUGGAACUUUAGGUGCUGCGAUGAUUGUGGCAUCCGUAAUUUUUAUUUACAGACGCACGCGCACACGUAAUAAUAAUAAUAAACUCAAUAGUGUUGGUCAUAUAGUUCCUGAACAGGUAUUUGAUAAUUCUGGUAAAAUUGAAGAUAUAGAACAACAUAAUUUACCUGGUCUAGCCCUUCCAUUAUAA